UGACUACAACACCAACGAUCACCACUACGUCACCUUUGAGCACUACAAAGCAAACCACAGCGACUACAACACCAACGAUCACCACUACGCCACCUUUGAGCACAACAACGCAAACCACAGCGACUACAACACCAACGAUUACCACUACGUCACCUUUGAGCACUACAAAGCAAACCACAGCGACUACAACACCAACGAUCACCACUACGUCACCUUUGAGCACUACAAAGCAAACCACAG